AUGGAAGAAGCAUUGAUUGAGGCAGAAGCAGUUAUUGAUAGUGACGAAGAAAACAAUUCUGAAAUCGAAAUUGACUUAAACAAUAAAUUUGAAGUUGAUAUUUUUGAUCAAACAAACAACAAUAAUAAUAAUAAUAUAAAGAAAUGUUUACAUGAUGAAAAUAUAAAACAAAUAAAUAGAAUUGCUGUACCAGUAGUUAAUAACAAGGAAACAAUUUUCCAACUUAUGACUGAAUUGAAUAAAAAACAAAGACUUAUUGCAAUGCACAUUUUAAAUUGUUUUAAAAUGGACAAAUUACCUUUAAGAAUAUUCAUUAGUGGAUCAGCAGGUGUGGGUAAAAGUAAACUUAUAGACACAAUUUAUCAAUUAAUUUCUAAUUAUUUGAAUGAAAAUCCGAAUUUCAAUCCUGAAACAAUUAAGAUAUUGUUAUGUGCGCCAUCUGGUAAAGCAGCUUUUUUAAUUAAUGAAGUCACAUUACAUACAGCAUUCGCUUUACCAAUAACUCAAUAUGGAGGACAAAUUUCAGAGCUUUCUUCAAAUGUCGCAAAUAAUUUAAGAGAGAAAAUUAAUGAUGUAAAAUUAGUUAUAAUAGAUGAAAUUUCGAUGGUAGGAAGUUGUACACUGUCAAGAGUGGACUUUCGAUUAAGGCAAAUUAAAGGUAUCAAUGAAAGUUUUGGAGGUAUUUCGGUCAUUCUUGUUGGAGAUUUAUAUCAAUUACCGCCAGUGAUGGACAGAGCUAUAUAUUUACCACCAAAGGAUUUGACAUUAAACGUUUUUGCUCAAAAUAUUCUGUGGGAUGAAUUCUAUUAUUUUGAAUUAACAGAAAUUAUGAGACAAAAGGAUGACGUAAAAUUUAUUAAAGCUUUAAAUAACCUAGCAAAUGGACAAUUAUCGACAGAUGAUGUAAAUCUUUUUUCAUCAAGAAUUGUUAAAGAAAACGAAGUUCCUGAAGAUGCAAUUCGAUUGUAUGUAGAAAAUAAAAUGGUUGACAUGUAUAAUGACAAAAAAAUAAAGAAAAGUGAUAAAAUUUGUUAUGUAUCAACAGCUAUAGAUCAUAUUUUAGAUAGAUUAAGGAUUGAAAGAGAGGAAGAUCGAGAACGAGAUUAUCUGAAGAGGGCUGAAAAUCAGCCGAAACGUUUUGACGUGCAAUUAAAUUGUAAAUGUACAAUAAGUGACUAA